ACCAAUCGUAUCAUUUCGGUCAUUGUCGCCGCCAAGCUCGGAUUCUCAGGAAAAGAUCCGAUACACAAAACAUUCCUUGCAUGUUCACCAGAAUUAGUUUUGAUAGCUUACUGGCAUGUUCCAACUUUAUCGCCAUUCAUCAAAAUGACAUAUUUGAAACUUUGCAGUCGUAUGCAUGCAGAAUUCUCUAACUUUGCGGCACAUUCCAAGGACCGAAAAGUUUCUGUGGACGCCAUUUUGUCAUUGGGAGAUACAAGACCCUUGAUUUAUUGAGAUAUUAUUGAUUAAAGAGACUAUAUUUUACUUGAAGAAAGACAUAAACAUUAUAUUUAAACAUUCAGGGAUGGAUAUUUUGCAUUAGAUAUUCGGAACAAUGGCGAAUUCCAAUACAACACUGGCCAGUUUGUGGAUGGAUGAUGCCCAAUCAAGUCCGAUGAAAAUAAUUCAGACCACACCAACACGAGGAGCCAGUGGUGGAGGGGAAAUUAAAGAUGAUAUUGUCAAAUUCUACAAAGAUUCUGGACUAGAACCAAUGGCAAAAGAGGUUGGUUUGUUGGAUGCAAAUGGUGAUCUGACUGGUUUUAGAGAUCAACAUGCAAGACAGAAUACUGUACAGUUGAUAGCUAUACCUGUUAGUAGUUCACCAGCAAAGAUGUCACCCUAUAAGAUAAUUCAACAACAGCGACCCCUGAUGAGUUCCCCUCAGAUAAUAGCAGCUAGUCCUCACACUCCAGGACAUAUUGGAGAAGCUGCAUGGAUAAACAGAAAAAGAGCUGCUGAAAUCACAAUAGAACCAGACUUCUCUGAUGGGAAAAGAGGAAAGAAGGGAGAAAAAGGUGGCAAAGGAUUAAGACAUUUUUCUAUGAAAGUUUGUGAAAAAGUCCAAAGGAAGGGUGUAACUACAUACAAUGAAGUGGCCGAUGAACUUGUGGCAGAAUUUAGUGAUCCUAGAAAUCUAACAUCACCCUCUGAUCAGGCGUAUGAUCAGAAGAAUAUUCGGCGUAGAGUUUACGAUGCAUUAAAUGUGUUAAUGGCAAUGAAUAUUAUAUCCAAAGAGAAAAAAGAGAUACGAUGGAUAGGAUUACCUACAAAUUCUGCCCAAGAGUGCCAAAAUUUAGAGUCAGAAAAACAAAAGAAAAUAGAACGAAUCAAACAUAAAACUCAGCAAUUACAAGAACUUAUACUACAGCAAAUAGCUUUUAAGAAUUUGGUGCAGAGGAACAGAGAAAUGGAACAAAGUCAGGGACCUCCAGCAGCAAACUCAGCUAUACAACUGCCUUUUAUUAUUGUUAAUACCAGCAAGAAAACAGUUAUUGAUUGUUCUAUAUCAAAUGACAAAUAUGAAUAUUUAUUUAAUUUUGACAAUACUUUUGAGAUACAUGAUGACAUAGAAGUGUUAAAAAGAAUGGGUAUGGCUUUAGGAUUAGAGAAAGGCCAGUGUUCACAACAAGAUUUAACUAAAGCUAUCAAAAUGAUUCCAAAGUCUUUAUCACCAUAUGUGUUAGAUUUAGCCAAUAGUGGAAUGGCUAAUGCAGGUCAAAGUGGCAUUCGACCAAUGUCUACUGGAAUGUCACCGGUACCACAAAGUUCUAGAUCAAAACCAGUUGCUUUAACUCAUCAUAGUACAGACACAUCCGAUAUGGAGGUGGCAAUGGCAUGUCAAGGGAUAUCACAAGAUUCUUCCAGUCUAGGAUCUCAUGUUCCUUCGAGAGCAGCAACAGAAACCCCAUCAGAAUUCUCAGAAGAGGAGGAAGAUGACGACAGAUCCAGUCCACUAGAUAUGAGCUAAAGCUAGACUAGUUCUCACUUGAAUCAGGGAUACAGAUAGGACUGUUUAGUCAAAUGUGAUUGUCAGACCCAAAUUGUUGUUAUGAUCUGAUUAUGUAAUGAUUUUUAACAGUAUUGGUCACAUGUGAACUGUCACAAGUUAAAUUUUUACUGUUUUUGUUAUGGUCCAAUAAGAAGAAAGAUGGCGAUUUGCAAAUUUGAUUUUGACAACAAUCAAUGGUUCUUGAAAGGAAAACAUAGGUUUAUCAUUGAAAGAAAUCCUUUACAUAUGAUUUGGACUAGUUAAAUGAUGUACUUUUGUGGAAUUUUUCGAAAGGUGUUAUGUUUUGCUCAAAUUUACGCAACUAACAUAAAAUUGUGGAAGUAUUCAGACAAAUUUAUUUGAUUUUUACUGAAAAUCUUUGGGACAAGAAAAAGAUAAAAAAAUCUUCAGAAUGGGAUUGGUCCCUGGAAAUAGUGAUAUUUAAUGUAGUUGAAAAUACCUCACUUUACAGUACCACACUACGCUUGUGUACUCUUGUUUAGGGAUCAGUAUGUUUGUGAGUUCUAUAUCAGAGAAAGUGUUGUAUCACCAUAGGUUUACUUGGUUAAUUUACCAUGACCAGUAUGUUCAGUAUCAGGUCAGAUUGAUUUAUUAUGGUGUUACAGUGACCAUAGCCUAUUAAGUGUGGUAUAAUCCAGAGGAUGAAGGGCAUACUUUAUUGGAUCAUGUGUUGUAUAUGAGUAGUCACUUGGAUAUAGUUGUCAGUGUUUUGUAUUUACACCCAGUUUCAGCACUAAAUUACAUGAAACUUCAACCUAGUUAUGUAAUACCUCUGAGUUCUUACAUUUCUCUAUUGUUGAUAGUUGAUAAUAAAUUUUACAUCUGCUCACUAAGGUUUGUGGGUUACAAAAGAAAGACAAAUCUCUGUAGUCUAGAAACAUUAUAACACAGUGUUUAUGGAAGGAAAAUCAACCAUGUGACCAGGCCUCUACGUUUCUUUAAAGCCUUCUAGAUUUUACAUAUAUGCCAACUGAUAUCUUUGUGGUUUCAUAAUGUAUUAUUAUUUCUGGUUGAUUAACAUUUCUUUGCUCAAAGUUUUAAAAUGCAUAAAUCAAUUUAGAAAGAUCAGACAAUUUUAUAUAAACUGAAAAUAUUGAAGGAAAUGCACAACCUGACAACCGUAUUGAAAUGAUUGCUGGGUGAACUAUUAUUGUGUGUAUAUUAUGUGAACACAUUGUGAUAAUUUUAUGUUAUUUAUGCAGAAUGCACUAUGUCCAAUAACUCAGGACACAUGAAGAAAAUAUGUUCACAGUAUAGAAAUAGUUGUUAUUUCUAGUGAUUUGUUACAUUUUAGUAAUAGUUGACUUGACACGAGGAAGUUAUAUGUAUGUACAAAUGAUUUUCUGUUAUUUUUGUAUCAAAAAUGUGUAUGAUCAUGCUAGAAAGGCAGAGAAACAAUGUGAACAACAAAACUUUUAAACCAGAUCAAAUCAGCAAUAAGCAUCCAAUUUGUUUUUCAGUUCAUUUAUUAAUUUCAUUAUUAGAUUGAAAGUUAUAAUGCUGAAAAAGGCAAUUAUUAGUAUUAUGUGGCACGUUUUAGCAAAUACAUUAGUUUCCAUGGUUACCAGACAAGUCGGUGAUCUUUUUAUUCUGCAUUAGAAUUAUUUCUCUGUGACAUAAUGUUCUGACCUGUAAAAUGUUACAAAAGUAAGAAAUGAAUAAUAAACCUUAUUGUAUUGACCAUAGAUUCUUUUUUACAAGUGAACUUGUUGAUAUUUUAUCAGACUGAGAUGUUGAGAUCACAUCCUCUUUAUGUUGACAAAGUUCUCCCCCCCCCCUAAAAAUAUUGCAGGUUUUAAAAUUUAAAAUUGUAUACGGUGGUAGAAGAAGCUGCAAAUUACUGAAUAUAUUUUACAUCUAUAUCUAUAAUGUUUAAUGUCAUUCCAAAAUUUAGAUCUAUAUUAUUUAAAACUUUCCUUAUAGAUAGGAAACAUGUUUAAAUUGAAUCAUAGGGUUGCUAAUUGUUGUUCACCAAUUGUGUUCCCAGGUGUAAUGUGUCUUUUCUGCUGAAUGAUAACAGAGCCAUUAUUUUUUAGUAUUGUUGAUAGAAAAUAUUGUCUCAAAUUGAUACUGUUAUAUAUCGUAUAUUUUCAUUAUUGAAAUGACCAUACUUUAUUGUCAUCUUUACAAAGAAGUAAAAAUUUCAUAUUUUUUUAUUUAAGAUAAUUAUUUAUAGGAUUGAUUGAGGUUGGUUUAUCAGAAAAAUGAUAAUGUAUAAAGCUUUAUUAUAACAUAUUUCAUCCAUGUAUAUGAUAAUUGUUCUAAGAAAUUCCACUAUGUUUUAGGACCAAAUGAUUGUAUGUGUAUUAUAUCAAUUGGAAAUCUGUUUUUGAUAAUGUUUGAAUUUAUUUACUGAACUAUGUAAAGUAUUUCUUAUGGAAAUAUUUCUGUGUAAAGUUCAAUGAAUAUAAAGGUCAGCCUUGAUCGGUAACUUUUCAUAUAAUACAAGCCUUUAUAACAAAACCUGUAACAUGUCUCAUAAAGAAAACAACAAUAAAAAAUCAAACAAAAUAAUUUUGUGAAGCAGUAUUGAGAUUCAGUACACCCAAAGUAAAUAUUUUAGUAAAAAGCUGUUUGUACUAAAGUAAUUUUCCUUGGGAUAUCUUUCUAUGCAAUAGUAUUAAAUUAAAGGUAAAACUUAAAAAAACAAUUAUUACAUGAUUGAUAUCUUUUGACAAGAC